GCAUCCUAGAAAAAAAAGAAAUGACAGAAAACCAAAUAAAGCUAGCAGUGACCAAAAAGCACCUUGCUGAAAUGUACUGUAUCCUUAUCCUUGGACUGGGAAUGUCUGAUCAGCAUCACAUGGCUUGUGGAAAGAAAAAAGAUGUUAAGCAGCCAGCCAUAAGAAGUAUCAUGGAUCAGCGAUCACCAGUGCUUAGUACUUUGCUGCCUCUGGCUAAAGAUAGUGCUCAAUAUCUGUUUCAGGAUCAUUAUCUUCGUCCCAGCAAAAUUGCCCCACGUUAUAUUUCAGAAGACUUACCGGAGUUGUUUUCUAUUGUGUCACCCUCCAAGAUUGGCAUUAUAGGAUCUCAACGCAACAAAUUUGUCCCUCAUACCCUUUUACCAAUUGGGAGCACGGAGGAUGAGAAGGAAAAUGGGGAGAAUCUUGAAAGAGGAAGUGCCUCUUCAGUACUGUCACAGGAAAUAACCCCAGGUUCUAGCAGGGCUGUUCAAAGUAGUGGCAGCCACCAAUCUCUGCCAGUUUCACGAGCUACAACUGAAGGAGACUAUAUUGAAAAUCCAUAGUAAUACAUGCUAGUAUGAGAGAUACAAUGCCUAUGUAUUAAAUCUCUUGGCAGCUUUCUAAUUAGCUUUUGAUUUUAUCCAUUACUUAUGCCUGAGGAAAUAUGGCCAGUUUAAUACUAUUAAAUGCCACAGUGCUGCCCAAAAAUAAUAAAUCAAAAAUCCUCAUGAGAACAAAUACUAUAAACAUAUGUUUCAUUUGUACCAGUUUAACUGCUAUAGGUAUUCAGCCAAAAAUGCUGGGAAUGUAAACUAGCUUUCAGUAUUUGUAAUUUGAAUAUCUGAAGAUAUUUCUAAUCAUACAUGAAUUUUUUUAUGACUAAUAAAGCAGUUUAAACUGGAACUU